AGCGCGCUCUCGGUGACGGGUGCGCGCGAAGCGGUGUGCAGAUGUGUCGCAGAUUUUGUAAAGUCACUGGACGCAAGGAGAGACCAGCUGGGGCAAGUCGCUACGGAUAAAUGGGCCCUUAAACUGUCAGGAAAACAAAUCGACUAAGGAAGAAACGGGUGGAAGAGGACAUAACCGAGGGACCGCCGUCAUAACCCGUUAACGUUAGCUUGGUUUUCAAAGAAGAAAGACGUUACUUUGACAGUUGAAAGCCAAAGGACGGCGCCGCGUGCACAGAGAUGGAGCUGUCAGCGAUUGGAGAGCAAGUGUUUGCGGUGGAAUCAAUCGUCAAGAAAAGAGUUAGAAAGGGGAAUGUGGAGUAUCUGUUAAAGUGGAAAGGAUGGCCUCCAAAGUAUAGCACAUGGGAGCCUGAGGAACACAUUCUGGACCAGCGCUUGGUGCAGGCCUAUGAAGAGAAAGAGCAGAGAGAGAAAACGUUGGGGCACAGGAGAAAAGGACCCAAGGCCAAAAGACUCAUUCUGCAGGAUACUGUCUACACCAUGGAUCUCCGCAGCGCUCACAAGACCUCAGAGCAACCUGGGCCUCGCCUGCGCCUCUCCCUGACACGCUCUCUGCUCCCCGAUGACGACGAAGGUAAGCCGUACGGCGCCUGCAGGCACGAGCCGCAACUUGCACAUCCAGGAAGCAGACCUACCAGGUCACAGUUCACGUGCCUGGACUCAAACCCUCCAAGUCCCACACAGGAGGACUGGGAAGGCCGGGGGGAGGACGAAGACGAAGAGGAGGAGGAGGACAAUGUAGACAGUGAGGACGAGGGGGAGGAUGAGGAGGAGGAGGAGGAGGAGGAGAAAGAGAAAGAGGAGGCUCUACAAGAGUCAUCAGAGAAGAGUGGAUGCACUUUAAAUGGACAGGAGAGGACAGACGGUUGGAGCUCCGCCCUCAGACCAGACGGGGUCACUGAAUUAGUGAAGCCAGACGACGCCUGGAGGCCCAUCGUCGGCCCAGGGGAAGUGACCGUCACAGACAUCACCCUCAACUCCCUCACAGUGACUUUCCGAGAGUCGAGAGUGGCCAAAGGCUUCUUCAGAGACUGAGGCCUGAAGGUCUGAUGUGUGAUGUCUGAGUAGGUUGGUAGGGAGGGAAACAGAGCUGCUGGUGUAAUCACAGUGGUGGUUAAGGGCCAGGGUUUUGUUUUUAUUCCCUCUCUCACUUUGUUCUUCCCCUUCCCUGCUACUUCCAGUCUGGUCAGUGGUACGUUUACAUGCACAGAGUCACCUAGACAUAAGCUGCACUCUAGUUAAUGUUAUGUUCAGGUUGAGUUAUUCACCUUUUUGAUAUGGUAGGACUGAGUUAACAUGAUGGGCCGGAUGGUUUGCUUACAACACAGAACUAUUUGAGAAGCCAAGUCAUUAGAACCUUUGGAAAAGUGCAGGCACUUU